UGGACCGGGUUGCCUGAGCCGCUGCUGCCCCGCGGUCCACUGGUCCGCCGGUCGCCGGCCUGGCAGGCGGGGCGGAAAAAAUGGCGGGGCCCCGGGCUGCCCCCGCCCCCGCGCUGCCGAGGGGCCUGCAGCCGCUGUCGGCGCUGCGGCCCGAGCCGGGCGGGGUUCCGCUGCACUCGUCCUGGACCUUCUGGCUAGACAGAUCCCUCCCUGGUGCCACUGCAGCUGAGUGUGCAUCAAAUCUAAAGAAGAUCUACACGGUACAAACAGUACAGAUAUUCUGGAGUGUGUACAAUAAUAUUCCUCCUGUGACUAGCCUGCCUUUGAGAUGUAGUUAUCAUUUAAUGAGAGGAGAGAGGCGACCACUUUGGGAAGAGGAAAGUAAUGCAAAGGGUGGCGUAUGGAAGAUGAAAGUUCCCAAGGACAGCACGUCCACAGUUUGGAAAGAGUUGUUGUUAGCGACUAUCGGGGAACAGUUCACAGACUGUGCUGCAGCAGAUGACGAAGUAAUAGGAGUCAGCGUCAGCGUUCGGGACCGAGACGACGUAGUCCAAGUCUGGAAUGUAAAUGCCUCUUCAGUGGGCGAAGCGACUGUUUUAGAAAAGAUCUAUGAACUCCUGCCCCACAUAUCAUUUAAAGCAGUAUUUUAUAAACCCCAUGAAGAGCAUCAUGCUUUUGAAGGUGGACGUGGAAAACACUAAUUGCACUCUAAAGAAUUCUUUGUCCUUUGCUGAUUGGUUUUGGAAACGGUCUUAACAGGAGGGAGAGUGAAGAGAAGACUUGCCGAAGUCCAAUGCUGGUCAAUUUAGCGCGGGUUUCUGUCCUUGCAGAUUGGGCAAUUAGGACUCAAAGUGGCAGGUGGGGUGGUGGGGAGACUGUGUGGGUUUCUACAGUCACAUUGCUUCCCUUCUCUUUUUCCUUUUUUUUUUUUUUUUUGGCUUUCUAAAUUCUGUGUUCUUUUUACUCUAAUUUUUCCCCUCUUCAAUUACUUACUUUGUGUAAUUAUUGUUUUGUACACUCUCAUUGAGGCAUGAGAAGUCAAUUUUCUUUUAAGUAGCUGUACUACACCUAGUUAAUGAGAAUAUGCAUAAUUGUGACAGGACGGCUUCUGAAAACCAUGCCACACUUGCAGGAAUACCAGCUAGUGAAACCUGUCUUGAUUAUUUGUCAUGACACACUCCUGUGUACUAUGCACUGGGCAUUGCUUUUAGUGUCCUAGGGAAAAUAAAAACCACAUUUAAUCACAUUUUACACUGACAGCACACACAUCUUUUGUUUUUCCUUUUUAAAACUUAUAUUUUAGUUAUAAAAGAAAAAUAAUAGUUGGGUUGCCUAACAUGAAAACCAUAAUCACAGUUGAGUAUCAGGAUACAAAUCAAACUCUAGGUUUGGAUUCUGUGAAUGUAUUUCUAACCAGAAUUUCAAUUUGGCCUUUUCAAAGGAAGGUUUAGGAUGGUAACAAGGGAUUUUUCCAGAUAAGAAAUGUUAUACUUCUGAUUUAAAGAGGAGGGAAUACUUUAAUUAUUUGAAUUAAGCUUCUUCCAAAAUUUGGGUGUGUUUACCUACUUAGGGCUUUCCACAUCAAUUUGACAGAUUUUGUUAAACAACCCCCUUUCCUGCUCACAUUGUAUGUCAUGUCCAAUAAUCAGUAGUCCUCCAAAAUGGGCAGCCUUCCCCUGCCUUUUUCAUUUAGGGGCAGGAAGUUAAAUCUCAUUUCCAAGAUGAAUGUGAACAUUCACCAGAACUCAGAGUACAUUCUGUUCAUGUUAAUUUUUGGAAUUGUUAAUAAAAAUUGUAUUGUGUUACCGAAGAAA